AUGGCUGUGUGCGACGUGUCGUUGGUGCUCGGCGCAAGCGGCUUUGCGUGCCCGAGCCAGUGCCCGUACUGGUCGCAGAGCGCGGUGUGGAAGGGCGUCGGCGUCUGCACGACUGCGGAGCGCUGCAGUGUGUACAACCCUAGGCUGACGUAUGCCGACCCCGUCAGCCGCGUGUGUCUGCCCUGCGAUGUCUACGGGUGUGCGACGUGCGCCUACUCCCAAGCCACGUCGGCGGCGCCCGUUUUCCGCCUAAACAAUGCUGCUGGCAGCGCUACUCUCGCGGGUAGUCAGCCGGAUUCCGGCGUCGCGCUCCCAGAUGUGUGUCUCGAGUGCGCCCCGGGCUAUCGCAUGGCUGACGAGGGCCGCAGCUGCUACCUGGUGAAGAGCUCCAUCUGGUCCCGGUCGUUCUACACCAUGGUGGCAGGCAUCACUAUCGCAUUAGCCGCGCUGUGCGUCCGUUUGCUGGUGCGGCCGUCCCUGUUCCGCGCCAACCUGGACCGCUAUCGCCAGGAGUUGGGGUCGCAUCGGGGAGGUCACGGGAGCUCGAAGUUGGGUCGAGGCAUCAUCGGCGCCAUGCUGGCGCUUAUGAACGAGGACAUUGCUGGCAUCGGGGUAAUGCUGUACUUCCGAUUCCUGGCGUUUGUGCUGGGCACGACGCUGGUCCUGCUUCUGCUGAGCGUGGCCCACGCCCACAUCCCGUGCUCCGACAUGAUCCGGUCGUUGGGAGAAGCCUUCUCCCUCGACCGGCCCGACGACGUGCUCGUUGACCCCUCUUGGCUGAGCUGGCUAGGUUUUCGGCGGGCGCCUGGAUGGCGCCAGCACCUGCUGAACUUCAGGAUCGUCGACGACGCCAUCACCUGGAGCGUCUCCCAGUACGUAGAGGACAACGUCCGUACCAUGCACGUGUUGUACGUGGCGGUGAUGGGAAUUACUCUCGCAUUCGCGUGGUCGCAGCACAAGUUCAUCAGGGAGUACUUCAAGCGCAACCCCCGCGUGCAGAGCUUCACGCUGGUCCUGGAGCGGGUGCCGCCCUUCCACACGCUGGAGGACUUCGUCGAGAACGCCAGCGGCGUGCGCCCGAAGUCGGUGACCGUGGCGUACGACAUCGAAAAAGCGUCCGAAGGCCUGCGGGAAUUCCUGGACCUGCAAGACGACGAGGCAAGCACCGGAGUGUACGUCAACCUCGACAUGGCACUCGAGCACAGGCGCGUCCUCGAGUCCCUGGAGCCCAGCGGCACCGCCUACGCCGUGUUCCACACUCGCAUGGAGAUGCGGAAAGCGUUGAUCUCGCUGAACAGGAGCGGCAUCUGCAACGCCCGCUUGUGCGAUGUGGAGCCCGAGGAUGUCGACUGGUAUAACAUCUUCGAGGGCGACGGCCUCCUAAGGCGCGCAGCUGAGAUGACGGCUGCGGUAUGCGCCACCCAGCUGUUCUGGACGUUGGUUUUCUUCAUGCCGUACGCCGCUUACAAGCUGCACGCGGGCUCCACCGAUCUGUUCGAGGCGCUGUGGUUGUACAUGUUUACCGGAGUGGGUAACGGGCUGGUCGCCGCCUCCAUCCGCAAGGCAACCGAGAAGGUGCAGUUCGCUAGUGUGCAGUCCGCGGAGAGCUACAACAUGUGGUUGAGCACGUUGGCGGAGCUGCUCAACGUCGGGCUCAACGUGUUGCUCGCCCACUUCAAUAACUACGGAGGGCACUACAAGGUGCUCUCCAUGGUCAAGGACUUCGCGCUGUACAAGCGCACGGCGACGUUCAGCGUCGGUGAGGAGGUGUCGAUAACGCAGAGCCUGAGUACCUACAUGGUAAACGUGAUACUGCUGGUCCCGGCGAUGGCGUUCGUGUUGGUGCGCUACGGCACGCCGCUGAUGGGCGCGCUCUACGUGCUUGCAGCGGAUUUGGACGGCCGCGUAUCGCACCUGUUACGGCCGGCACCGUUUGAGCUCAACGGCCGGUACGGCAGCGCGGUUGUCAACUUCACGUUCUCCCUGCUGCUGCAGUAUGUGAUACGGAGCAGGAUGCAGUCCUUCAUAAUCGCAUUUGCGCUGCUGGCUUCGUACGCUGUGCACUACGUCAUCGACGCGUACGUGCUGAUAAACAAGGCGGAGCCCUCUCGCUUGACCGGCACAACGGCGUUUCGCAACGCGCUGAUGAUGUGGGCAGUACCUACCGGAAUCCUGGCCGCGUGCCCGUCGUACUGGCGCUGGCGUGGCAUGGACGGGUAUCUGGCGACAAGUUUUGUGAUUUUUGGGUUGCACGUGUUCUUCUACUGCACGUUCAUCUACUUCAUCUGCAGGCCACGCGACCACUUGGAGGGAGCCGAGGACAACACUUCGCCAUCGGACUAUAGUAUCCACAACCCCGUGUACAAGUUGCGGCGACUUGCGGGAAUUUAA